AUGGUGGCAAACGACAUCGCCACCAGCCCGUCCAUAUCCACCACGUCGCUCGCGCACCCUAAGGCGCUCAACGUCGGCCCAAUAGGCUUGCUGGCCGACGUUGCCCUCGGCUAUUCUCCGCGCAAGUUUGACAACCAACUCCCUCCCAUUUCUCACCUCACGGGAGAGGUGCGUGCCCCGGCCCCUCGUCGCGCACCCCGCCGCCUAUCUCCAACCGGAUGGAAGGACGGCGACGCACAGAGCCAAAUGAGUAUGCGGUUCCUGCAACUCCCUCCUCCUGGCCCCGAUCCGACUCAUUCCCGUGGGCAUCACCCAAGCCACCCAGUCCAUGUUCAGCACCGCAACCAAAGUCAGCCGCAACCCACGCAAUACUGGAGCGAGCGGAGAGCUUGGCCACAGAGCGAUUCGAGUGACACCGACUCGAGCGAGGACGAGGACGAGUGGACGCCCGCUCCAAAGCGGCGGCCUCAAGUGCGUACCCGAUCAUCGGCCAGGUUGGCCGUCAAGAGAGAGAGAGAUAGUUCCGAGUUACGCGAUCUCGAACGGAGCGGGAGUGUUUCGCCAACGGAGGGCAAGCCGAAGAAACGGACUUAUGUGCGGCGGGAUGCGCAGAGGCGUAAAGAGCAGAAUGCGCAGGCGCAGAAGAAGUUUCGGUGGAAGAAAAAAGUCCUGCAGGAACAGAUGCGCGCUGAUCUCGAGGAACAGCGGGCGCUGGUCGAGGAACUACAACAGAAAUGCGCCGCUUUCGAGGACAUACAGUUCGCGCUUGCCGAGGCGCAGGCAGAUAACGCGCGCCUCGCCGCCCGCCUCGAGGCGUGUGCUCGUAAGGUCGAAUCUGUCUGA